GCUCCGCGGCAUGUGGGAUCUUCCCGGACCGGGGCACGAACCCGUGUCCCCUGCAUCGGCAGGCGGACUCUCAACCACUGCGCCACCAGGGAAGCCCCAAAACCCAUUUUUGAUCUGGCCCUUGCCUAGCAGUUUCCUCCUCUCCCUGAGUUCUACCCCUGAACUUCUUUCAUUUCCUCCCAUUUGCAGUGCUCUUUCCCAGCUUUAGCAAAAUGGGGUCCCUCUGCAUGGAGUGCCCUUUUUCUUUCUCCCCUGGCUUACUCCUACUCAUUCUUUUUUUUCAUUUAAAAAAUGGAAGUAUAAUUUAUAUACAGCAAAAUUCACCCUUUAUGGUGUACAGUUCUGUGAGUUUUGACAAAUCCAUACAGUUUUGUGACCACCGCCACAAUCAAGACGUAGAACAGUUCCAUCACCCCAAGAAAUUCCCUCAUGCUCCUUUGGAGCCAACACUAGCUCCCAUCACCAGCUCCUGAUAACCACUGAUCUGUUUUCUGGUUUGCAUUUUCUAUAAACGGAUAUCCUCUAAAUGGAAUCAUUCAUUAUGUGUAUGUAGCCCUUUGAGAAUGGUUUCUUUUAUCCAGCAUAAUGCAUUUGACAUUCAUCUAUGCUGUCGUGUGUAUCACUAGUCUGUUUCAUCUUUAUUGCUGAGAGUAUGCUGUAUAUAGAUGUACCACAAUUUAUUUAUCUUUUUAUCAGUAGAAAGGACAUUUGGGUUUUUUCCAGUUUUUGGAGAUUAUGAAUAAAGCUGCUCAUAUAGGGCUUUGUAGGCACAAACGUUCUCAUUUCACUUGGAAUGACACCUAGUUGUGGGACUGAUGUAUGUUACUUUUUAAGAAACUGCCAAACUGUUUUUCAAAGCUGCUAUACUGGUUUGUAUUCCUGUUGCGAUACAUGAGAAGUUGCUCUACAUCCUCACCCGCACUCACGUGGUUCGUUCCCCUGUUUGUUCGUUCAUUCAACUUCUUGACAUUCUACUAAGUGUGUAGUGGUAUUGCACUGUAGUUUUAAUUUCCACUUCCUUGAUGGCUAAUGACGGUGAGUCUAUUCAUUCUUCUAAAUCUCUGCUUGGUCUUCACUUCUGCCAAAACCCCACUGUACUCGCUUUCUCUGUAGACUGGUUAAGUUCCUGUCCUUUGUGGUUCCAUGACAAAAGUUUCUCCACCUUGACCGUGGUCCACUAAACUGCAAUUGUUUUCCUGUUCUCGCCUUGCUCAACACUCUGGUCACACACACACACACACACACACACAGACACACAGACACACACACGGUUGUGAGCUCCGCGAGGGCGGAAGCUGCAUCUUCCUUUGGUAUCUCCAGCUCCUAGCACAGACCUGAAACAGAAUCUUUAUACAAUAAAUAUUAAAUGAACGAAUUAAUAAAUGCUGAACAACUUAGAGAAUGGGCAGAUGAAAGUAAAUAGGAAGAAGCUUUUGCAAUGAGACGGGCCUGGCUCUGCCAAUUAACUCUUUCUCUAUCGGUCCGCACACUAAGGUCCUCUCAAUAAAGGAAACACUGCCGUGCGAACGUCUACGAGGAGAACGACUCGACCGCACCCUUUAACAGACGCAAAGCGGAAGAGGCGGGCCGGAAGUGGAAGUGCGGCCGGGAGUUAGCGGCGUCUCAGUUGCCAUGGAGACUGGAAGGGGAGAGCGGCAGUCCGCAGAGUCUGGGUCCUGCGCCUUCGCUGGGGAGACGUGGACGCCAACCCCGCGUCCGACCCGGAUCCGCAGCCCCAGCCAGUCCUCCCUCGCCUACUCCGAGUCUUUCUACCACGGCUUCGGUGCUCGGCCCCGCCGCGUCUCGCCGCUCACGCUCCGGCCGCUCCUCGAGCCGCACCUGCUGCGCCUGCGCCCCACCUCGCUGCGCACCCAAGACAUCUCUUACUUGCUCACCGGCGUCUUUCGCAACUUGUAUACCGCCGAGGUGAUUGGCGAGGAGGUGAGUGCGAGUUUGAUCAAGGCCCGCGGCAGCGAGGAUGCUCGGCACGAGGAGUUCGUGGACCAACUGCAGCAGAUUCGGGAGCUCUAUAAGCAGCGGCUGGAUGAAGUUGAAAUGUUGGAGAGACAUAUCAUUCAGGCCCGCGCACGGGCCCUUGUGGAGAAAGAGUGGGCCAUGCACCAGGCCAAAGUACAGGUCCUUGGGCCAUUCAUCAAGAUGCCUCCAGUGAAGACCAUCUUCAGGUGGUGUGUGGACAACGAGUUGCUACAGAAGCACCAUUUGAUCUGCCCAAACGAUUACUGCAGCGAUACAGUGCCCUUUUGCUCUGCACCUAAAGGUGCCUUUGUCCCUGGAUAUUCAAAACUGACAUUUAGUUGUGAGAAACGUUCUGUCCCAAAGAAAGAGCUGACCAAGAAGCUUGCCUGCAGGAAGACGCCCUCUCAGUCUGAAGAGGAGACGGACUACACCAUGGACAGCCUGACGUGGGACUCAUCUUUUAAGGCCAAACUCAGAUCCAGAGCAACUGUCAAGAAAACAGGUUCACCGAAGAAUAAAAACUGGAUGAACCAUUUACGUGUGCCCCAGAGGCAGCUGGAGCGGCUUCUGCUUGCCCGGAUGGAGAGCCGGAACCGCUUCCUGAAAAACCCUCGCUUUUUCCCUCCUAACACUCCAUUCGGAGGCAAGUCUCUUCUCUUUCCUCCCAAGAAGCCAGCACUGAUAGGAGAAUUCCAGGAUGGAGAGCUGGAAGAGAGUUGUGCUGAUACUCCAGUGUUUCUAGCUAAGCCCUCAAUCGCAUUUUUCACAGAUUAUGAAAUUGGACCAGUUUAUGAGAUGGUGAUCUCGCUGCAGAACACCACGUCCACCAGCCGCCACCUGCGAGUCCUCCCGCCGUCCACGCCCUACUUCUCUCUGGGAUUGGGGAUGUUCCCAGGAAAAGGCGGAAUGGUGGCUCCUGGAAUGACCUGCCAGUACACUGUCCAGUUUUUUCCCGACUGCCUUGGGGAUUUCGAUGACUUUCUUUUAGUGGAGGCCCAGUCAGCGCACACGCUCCUGAUUCCCCUGCGGGCCCGGAGGCCGCCCCCAGUGCUGACGCUGUCGCCCGUGUUGGACUGUGGUUACUGCCUCAUUGGGGGCAUGAAGAUGACCAGAUUCAUCUGCAAAAACGUGGGCUUCAGCGUGGGCAGGUUCUGCAUUAUGCCUAAAAAGAGCUGGCCGCCGCCAAGCUUCAGAGCUGUUGCAACCAUCGGCUUUGUUGAGCAGCCUCCCUUUGGGAUCCUGCCGUCAGUGUUUGAGCUGGCUCCGGGGCAGGCCGUAUUCAUGCAGGUCCUGUUCCUCCCAACCAGCCUGGGAAAGGCAGAGCAGACCUUCAUCAUCGUGUGUGACAACUGCCAGAUAAAGGAGCUGGUGACCACAGGAAUCGGGCAGCUGGUGGCUCUGGAUCUGAUCUACGUUUCUGGUGAAAAAAGUCAGCCGGAGCCUGGAGAGCUCACAGACUUAACAGCCCAGCACUUCAUACGCUUUGAGCCUGAAAACCUUCAGUCCACGGCCAGCAAACUGCUGAUUAUUAGAAACGCCACGCACGUGGAGCUGGCCUUCCGCUGGCAGAUCAUGAAGCCCAACCUGAGGUCCCUAAUGCCUGGAGAAACCUACAGCCCAGACAGCAUCCAGUCCCACCCCGACAGGGAGACGGCCUUCUCCAUCGCCCCCGACACGGGAGCUCUCGAGCCCCACACGGACCACGAGUUCCUCUUGAGCUUCUCUCCUCGAGAGCCCCGGGAUUUUCACAGCGUGCUCCAGAUGGUGUUAGAGGAAGUCCCAGACCCCAUGAGCCUGGACUUGAAAAACCCGAAGGAUCCCUCGUACUCUGUGGAUGACGUGAUUGUCCUGGAAAUCGAGGUGAAAGGCUCCGUGGAACCUUUCCAGGUUCUCUUAGAACCAUAUGCCCUCAUCAUCCCCGGGGAGAACUACGUUGGGAUGAACGUGAAGAAGGAUUUCAAGAUGUGGAACAACAGCAAGUCAGCCAUCAGGUACACGUGGGGGAAGAUCAGCGACUGCCACAUCAUUGAAGUGGAGCCCUGCACGGGGACCAUCGGUACUGCAGGGACCGAGGGAGGGGCUGGCUGGGGAAGGAGAGCUCGAGGUGAAAGGGGCCUGUGCAGGGGUCCAUGGCCCCCUGAUCAGCUCCAGCCACAGCCUGGCCCUGUGGUGGGUAAGGAGUGCGCCAAGGCCAGGUAUCUGAGCCCGGCCACAGAGGGGACCUGCCCCAGCUUCCUUUCUCCGCGGCUCACCUUUCCCCUCCCUCUCUCAGAGCCCAACGAGGUGGAGGAUUUUCAGUUGAACUUUACCGGGGGUGUCCCUGGCCCGACGAGCCAGAACCUGCUGUGUGAAAUCAAAGACUCCCCCUCACCGGUGGUCUUACACGUCGAGGCGGCCUUUAAGGUGCCUCUGGUGGGGCUGGGCGGCUGGGCGGGGAGCCGGGGUAGGGCACAGAGCCCACGGCCCGGGUGGCCCAGUGACGGGCCCCUCUGGGUGCCUCAGGGGCCUGCCCUCGUCAUCGACGCCUCAGCCCUUCAGUUUGGUUUGCUGCGCCUGGGGCAGAGAGCCACAAACUCCAUCCAGAUCCGGAACGUCAGCCAGCUCCCGGCCACGUGGUCCAUGAAGGAGAGCAGGGUCUGCCUGCAAGAAAGGCAAGAGGGCGUGUCUCCCUUCGUCAUCGAGCCAUCCAGCGGCCAAGUUCAGCCGCUGGGGGAGUGCAGAGUGAGCAUCACGUUGGAGGCUCGGCACUGCCAGUGUCUGCAGACCGUCCUGAAGCUGGAGGUAGUAAACGGGACCUGCAGCCACCUGCCUGUGUAUGCCGAGGUGCAGGAGCCCUACGUGUACCUGCAGAGCAGCCAGGUGGAGGUCACCAACCUCUACCUGGGCGUGCCCACCAAGACACCUGUCACACUAAUCAAUGGCACGCUCCUGCCCACCCAGUUCCACUGGGGCAAGGACGAGUUGAUGGACCUGGCCCUCCCUUGUAACGUGUCGGGCAUGAAGGAGCCACUGGUUCUGGGCAUUUCCGGGAAACCCCGGGGACUGCAGGUGGCCAUCGCCAUCUCUGCAGAGGACAGCGACAGCAGCGUUGCCAGCACAGAGCUGUGGCCAGGCCACCUGGAGAGGCUCCACCUGGACUUCGGCUCAGCAGUGCCACUGCGGACCCGCGUGGAUCGCCAGCUCAUCCUGACCAACUGUUCCCCGAUACAGACCCAUUUUACCCUCAAGUUUGAGUACUUUGGGAGCCCUGCAAACAGCCUGCGCCAAAAACCCAGCCUCCCCGACAUGCCUCCUGCCCUGCUGAAGAUGGCUCGGAUGCGGGAGCUCUUGGCCAAGCGAGAGCAGCUGGAGUUUAUGGAAAGCAUGCUGUCCCACGGGAAAGGAGCUGCCUUCUUUCCCCACCUCUCCCAGGGCAUGCUGGGGGCUCACCAGCAGCUUGGCAUUGACCUCACAGCCUGUGCAAACAUGUGGGGCGAGUACUGGGACAGCCUCAUCUGCACAGUGGGAGACCUGCCUCCAGCGGUCAUCCCGGUGCACAUGGCGGUGGUGGGCUGCCCCAUCAGCUCCCACAGGACCACCCACUACACCACUGACCAGGUCCAGAAGGAGCCUGUUGUCAGGUUCGGCACCCGGGUCUCUGGAGGAGACACAGUCACCCGGAUCCUUCGCCUGAGUAAUUCCAGCCCCUGUGACAUCCGCCUGGACUGGGAGACCUACGCUCCAGAGGACAGGGAGGACCGGUUGCUGGAGCUGCUGGUGUCCUAUGGACCACCCUUCCCGCUGCGGGACCAAGCUGGGAACGACCUCCUGUGCCCUGAGACCCCUGAGAGCAGCAGCUCCUUCUGGUCCCCAAGUCCCUCUGACGUGUCCAAGUUCGGCCGUGAAGCUGCCCAGUCUGCUGAGGGCGGCUCCAGUGCCAGCACCUCCCAGGAAAUCAUCUCGGUCACCCUGCAGGGGCGCGAGGGGGUGCCCUCUGACCAGCUGUUCUCCAUCAGCCCCAAGCAGGUGGUGGUCCCCGCAGGGGGCAGCAGCACCAUCCGCAUCUCCUUCACACCCGUGGUCCUGGACCCCGACGUCCUGCACAAGGUGGAGUGUACUGGCUCCGCCCUGGGCUCCAUGAGCUUGGAUGACGAGGUGGAGAGGGAGCUUCCGGGGAGGAGGCGCCGCCUGCAGGGCUCGGCUGUGGGACCCGUGAGGCUGCACCUGCACGGCUACGUGAGGCCCGCGCAGCUGAGCGUGGAGCUGGACUCCGGCGGCAGCAUGGUGUUCUGGCACCGGGCCAGUGACCUCAUCCCCGAGCAGCGCUGUGCUGGGGUGCUGAGUGAGCUGGUGACCACCCACCACCUGAAGCUGACCAACACCACGGAAAUCCCACACUACUUCCGGCUCCUGGUCUCCAGGCCCUUCUCUGUUUCUCAAGAUGGGGUGAGCCGCAGCCACAGGGCUCCCGGCCCCAGCUGGAAGCAGGAGAGCAAGGAGGGCACAGCAGCAGCCAGCAAGCAGCUGGUACUCUACCCACAGGAGAACAUGCUGGUGAACGUGUCCUUUUCCCUCUCCCUGGAGCUGCUCUCCUAUCAGAAGCUCCCGGCUGACCAGAUGUUGCCUGGAGUGGACAUUCAGCAGAGCGCGAGUGGAGAGAAACAGAUGGUCUUCACUCAGAAUCUGCUUCUGGAGUACAGCAACCAGACCACUCAGGUGGUGCCCCUGCGGGCCGUCGUGGCCAUGCCCGAGCUGCAGCUCUCCACCAGCUGGGUGGACUUCGGGACCUGCUUCGUGAACCAGAGCCGCGUCCGGGAGGUCUACCUGCUGAACCUGAGCGGCUCCCGGAGCUACUGGGCCGUGUUGACAGGGUCUCCCCAAGCAGCGGGCUGCUGGAGGCACGACCGGUCAACGCACCCCCCACCUCCGUCCCCCUCCAGGUUUCCUUCACUGCCAGGUACGGCCCUCCCAGCCUCGCUGGUGCUGCCUCUGGAGCCCUGGCCCAGGGCCCCCUCCUCAUCUCAGCCCCUGCUCCCCACAGGAGCUGUGAGCUGUACGAGUCCACGCUGGUGGUGGAAGGCGUGCUCGGUGAGAAAUCCUGCACCCUGCGGCUCCGGGGCCGAGGCUCGUACGACGAGAGAUAUGAGUCACCCUACUAGCUCUGAGCCUCUACCCUCAACCCCCAAUACUGGAAAUAAACACGGCCCAGAGCUAUGGAGCAGGUUUACUGGGCAAGGGCACCUACUGGAGGACCUCUGAACAGCUCCUGGGAUGGAGGGGACCCCCACCCCCGCCAACCACCACCCACCACCACUUCCAGGCCCUGUGUCCUCAGAGCUAAUACAAAGGGUCGCCACCUGUGGAGACCAGGGCAGU